AUGUCACUAUUGCUCGAACUGUCGCUACUGCUCGGAUUGUCACAACUGCUUGAAAUGUAUCUACUGCUUGAAAUGUCACUACUUCUUGGUCUGUCACCACUGCUUGAAAUGUCACUAAAGCUUGGACUGUCACCACUGCUUGAAAUGUCACUACUGCUCGAACUGUCACUACUGCUCGAAAUAUCACUGCUGCUCGAAAUGUCACUACUGCUCGAAAUGUCACCUCUGCUCGAAAUGUCACUACCGCUCGAAAUACUGUCACUACUUUUUGAACUUCACUACUGCUCGAACUGUCACUACUGUUUGUCACUACUACUCGAACUGUCACUACUGCUCAGAUUGUCACUACUUCUUGAAAUGUCACUACUACUCGGACUAUCACUACUACUUGAAUUGUCACUUACUACUCAACUGUCACUACUGCUCGAACUGUCACUACUGCUCAGACUGUCACUACUGUUUGAACUGUCACUACUGCCCGAACUGUCACUACUGCUUGAAUUGUCACUACUGCUCGGACUGUCACCUCUGCUUGAACUCAGU